AUGGCUUCUUCUAUCACACACUUACCAAACAAACCUAGCAUGAUGAAUCACAUUACAUUCUCACAAACUUUUCAUACAAAAACUCAUCCUUUUGGUCAAGUUUCAUUACCAAAUACUCCUUCUUUGAAAUCAUCAUCCAUUCUUGCUUCAAAUUUAGCUCUACUAGAUAUCGCACUUCCACAAAAUAUUUACCCUAAUACUAUUAACACCUCCAUUUCUACUAAAUACACACACAAAAUUGUUCCUACUACUACUAAUACUAAAAAUCUAGCAAAUAUUUGGAGAGAGAUACAAGGGUGCAAUAACUGGGAAAAUCUUUUGAACCCUUUACACCCGAUUCUUCGCGAAGAGAUUAUUCGAUAUGGAGAGUUUGUUACAUCUUCUUACAAAGCUUUUGAUCUUGAUCAAAACUCGAAACGAUACUUGAAUUGUAAGUAUGGUAAGAAGAGUAUGUUGAAGGAAGUUGGAAUGGAGAAUUGUGGAUAUGAAGUUACAAAAUAUAUCUAUGCAACACCACCAAACAUCAUUGAGAACAAUUCUUCUGGUCGGUGGAUUGGUUAUGUUGCCGUUUCAUCUGAUGAGUCUUACAAGAAGCUUGGUCGGAGAGAUAUAGUUAUAACUUUCCGCGGAACGGUUACGAAUCAAGAAUGGAUUUCGAAUCUAAUGAGUUCUUUGACUCCGGCUUCACUUGAUCCGAAUAACGAACUUCGGAACGUGAAAGUCGAAUCGGGGUUUCUCUCUUUGUAUACUUCAGAUGAGAGUUCUUCGAAGUUUGGACUACAAAGUUGUAGAGAACAACUUCUUUCGGAGAUUUCGCGGUUGAUGAGUAAACACAAAGGUGAGAAGAAUGUUAGUAUAUCUUUAGCAGGUCAUAGCAUGGGAAGUGCUUUAGCUAUUUUACUUGCUUAUGAUAUUUCAGAGCUAGGUUUAAACAAAAAGAGUGAUAGAAAUGAUGCUAGUGUUACUGUUUUUUCAUUUGGAGGACCAAGGGUUGGUAACUUAGAGUUUAAGAAAAGAUGUGAAGAGUUAGGUGUGAAAGUUUUGAGAAUAUCAAAUGUUAAUGAUCCAAUAACAAAGCUACCUGGUGUUUUGUUCAAUGAAAAUUUUAGGGUUUUGAUGGGAGGGAGAUAUGAGUUUCCAUGGAGUUGUUCUUGUUAUGCACAUGUUGGUGUUGAACUUAUGCUUGAUUUCUUCAAUGUUCAAAACCCUUCUUGUGUUCAUGAUUUGGAUACUUAUAUUGGUCUUCUUAGAUGCCCUAAAAAGAAGAUUGAACAAGUGAUUCAUAGUCAAAGUAAUGAUGAUGAUGAUGGUGGAAUUAACUAUUUGUUGGAGAAAGCAAAGAUGUUUCUAUUGAACUCAUCAUUAUCACAAGUUUUUGGAGGGAGAGGAGGAAAUCACCAUGAUUUUCUUAGUUCAAUUUCAAUGGACAUAAUGUGUUGUUGGAGUGAGGAACUAGUUUUUGGCCUUGUUCUUUUGUUGCUGUAA